AUGGGGGAGUUAAUUGUUUUUUUUAAAAAAUUUAUAUUUAAAGUAAAAUUUUUUUUUAGAAAUAUAAAAAAAUCCAAAUUCGCAAAUUUGAAAGCAAAUGUUAAUUUAAUUUCUAAAAUUUAUAUUUUAAAAUGCAAUUUGUUUAAAUUAAACAGAGUUAGAGAUUUACAUUAUAAUCAUUAUCACUUAUAUAUCAAAAAUUCUUUGUUCGCUGGAGUGUGGGGGCAAAAUAGGGAUUUUUCCAAUGGUUUUGCUCGCUAA